UAAUCCCGCCUUUCCUGCCGUCUUUUCCUUUUUUUGGUGUUCCCCCCUCAGAGGCUGAAGAGCUCCUUCGCCGUCGCCCUCUCCCGCCGCUGACUACUGCCGUCGCCCCUGCUGCCGCCUCCGCCACAGGAAAAAGGGAAGCGAAGCGCGUCGUAUGUCCGCUAUCCAGAACCUCCACUCCUUCGACCCCUUUGCUGAUGCAAGUAAGGGUGAUGACUUACUUCCUGCUGGGACUGAGGACUACAUCCAUAUAAGGAUCCAGCAGAGGAACGGCAGAAAAACUCUCACCACCGUCCAAGGCAUUGCCGAUGAUUAUGAUAAAAAGAAACUGGUGAAGGCCUUCAAGAAGAAGUUUGCCUGUAAUGGUACUGUGAUUGAGCACCCAGAGUAUGGAGAAGUGAUUCAGCUUCAGGGGGACCAGCGUAAGAACAUCUGUCAGUUCCUCAUUGAGAUCGGACUGGCUAAAGAUGACCAGCUGAAGGUCCAUGGGUUUUAAGUGUCAGUGGGUCAUUGAAGUCUCAAGGGAGAAGGCUUCCCUGCAAUGAGAAACCUUGUUUCCCACAUGACCAGUUUAAAAACAAGCCAUCUUACAUAAUGUAAUCGCAUCAGGUUUCCUUUUUAGUCCGGACUAGUGUAACUCAGCAAUGUAAUAAACUGACAAGAGCCCAUGUUGUCUUGCUGUCCCUCAUUUAAACCCGGCCCCCAUUGUGGUGAUGUCAAGCCAGAAGCUUAUUCUACGUGAGAAGGUCCUAGUAAGACAAUGGAUGUUUCAGCUGUGUCUCAGAAACUGCCUCAAUCAUAUUGGACCCCACCUUAUUUCAUAGAAACUGAGGCUAAUAUCUAAAGAUUCCUGUCAUUGUCUUUGAACUGUGACAUUAAAUGGCAGAGGCCUGGGUCUGAAUUACCAUCUUAUAACUGAAGAAGUCAUGGGAGGGAUGCAGAAACUAAAACCCUUUUGUGCCAAGACGGGCACUGAGGUGACCAAACCCAAAGACACAGGAGUUAGCAGACUUGGGAUCUGUGGCUUGGAGUUAAGAUGAGGGAGAUGUUUUAAACUAGCAUGUCAUCACGGAGUGCCACUUUAGCAACUAACAGUGCUGUGAAGCAACAGUUCUUGGUUUGAAUCCUGAUGUUCUGUGUAAUGUAUUUAAACACUUAUUUAAAUAAAAAUGGUUUUCAGAAACA